GAUUCCCGACAGCAGUCUACAAGAAGCAAAAAGCCAGGCGCCACACCAAGCGCCCUCGCUACUCGCUAACAAAGGAGGAUUUACUUUUUGAUUUUGUCUACAGUAUUUUUUGUUAUUAACACCUUAAAAUUAUGGAAUCUAUUGUACCAUCCAUCCGUGUAAAAGUGGAAGAAUCAAUCUCAAACGAAGGAGUCAACUUGCCGGAAAACGAAUGCAAAUACAAGGAACGACCAUCUAACAAAGAGAUAACUUCACCCACUGCCUAUGUCAAACAGUAUCGCAUUGCAGUGCUGGAUAGAAUUCACCAAAAGCAGCGCUCUGAUGAUGAUGAACCAUCAUCAGCAGAUAGUGGGAGUGAUUCGUCAGCAGAAGAGAAGGGAGAAAGCAACAAUGGAGAAAUGGUACGAGAAGAGAGGGUUUCCAACAAAGUGACUUCUAAAAAGCCUCAUCAGUGUAAAUUCUGUGCAAGAAGCUUCUCUCAGACUAGAGAUUUGACUGUUCAUGUGCAAACGCACACCAAAGAGAAGCCUUACCAUUGUACAGUCUGUACAAAAACGUUCUCUCGGUCUGAUUAUGUGACUCUGCAUAUGCGUACCCAUACCAAAGAGAAGCCUUAUCAUUGUACAGUCUGUACAAAAACUUUCUCUCAGUCUGGUCAUCUAACUAUGCACAUGCGUACUCACUCUAAAGAGAAGCCAUUCCAGUGUACAGUCUGUUCAAAAAGGUUCUAUCACGCUGGUCAUCUAACUGUACACAUGCGUACUCACACCAAAGAGAAGCCUUUUCAGUGUACAGUCUGCACCAAGAGGUUCUCUGAGUCUGGUACAUUGACCACGCAUAUGCGUACUCACACCAAAGAGAAGCCUUAUCAUUGUACCAUCUGUACAAAAACGUUCUCUCGGUCUGAUUAUGUGACUCUGCAUAUGCGUACUCACACCAAAGAGAAGCCUUAUCAUUGUACAGUCUGUAAAAAAACUUUCUCUCAGUCUGGUCAUCUAACUAUGCACAUGCGUACUCACUCUAAAGAGAAGCCAUUCCAGUGUACAGUCUGUUCAAAAAGGUUCUCUCACGCUGGUCAUCUUACUGUACACAUGCGUACUCACACCAAAGAGAAGCCUUUCCAGUGUACAGUUUGCACCAAAAGAUUCUCUGAGUCUGGUUCCUGGACCAAGCAUAUGCGUACUCACACCAAAGAGAAGCCUUAUCAUUGUACCAUCUGUACAAAAACGUUCUCUCGGUCUGAUUAUGUGACUCUGCAUAUGCGUACUCACACCAAAGAGAAGCCUUAUCAUUGUACAGUCUGUAAAAAAACUUUCUCUCAGUCUGGUCAUCUAACUGUGCACAUGCGUACUCACUCUAAAGAGAAGCCAUUCCAGUGUACAGUCUGUUCAAAAAGGUUCUCUCACGCUGGUCAUCUAACUGUACACAUGCGUACUCACACCAAGAGAAGCCUUUCCAGUGUACAGUUUGCACCAAAAGAUUCUCUGAGUCUGGUACCUUGACCAAGCAUAUGCGUACUCACACCAAUGAGAAGCCUUUUCAGUGUACAGUCUGCACCAAGAGGUUCUCUCAAACUGGUAAUUUAACUGUGCAUAUGCGGACUCACACCAAAGAGAAGCCUUUCCAUUGUACAGUCUGCAGCAAAAGGUUCUCUGAGUCUGGUGCCUUGACCAAGCAUUUGCGGACUCACACCAAGGAGAAGCUUUUUUAGUGUACAGUCUGCACCAAAAGGUUCUCUGAGUCUGGUUCUUUGACCAAGCAUAUGCGGAUUCACACCAAAGAGAAGCCUUUUCAGUGUACAGUUUGCACCAAAAGAUUCUCUGAGUCUGGUGCCUUGACCAAGCAUUAUGCUUACUCACACAAAUGAGAAGCCUUUUCAGUGUACAAUCUGCACCAAGAGGUUCUCUCAUACUGGUAAUUUUACUGGUCAUAUGCAGGUUCACACCAAAGAGAAGCCUUUCCAUUGUACAGUCUGCACCAAAAGGUU